CUGCACACUGCGCAUGCUCCACAAAGCCAACCGGCUCAACUACAACUCAAUAGUUUCCUACUAUAUUAGAUUCAUUUCUGAAACGCAAUUUCACAUUAAGCAUGGGAUGAAGGAGAGGCUGUAAAAUACGCGGAUUGUACCGAUGCGAUGAGCUGUGUAGUUUUUUUUAAAUCAAAAGUGAAAGUACUGCGGGGUUUUUGAGAGGUUUCACUUUGUCUUUUAGUACGAUACAUAUAGCUAACUCACCUUAAAACAAUCUUUAUUCCUAAACACACGGACACAGGACUUCAUGAGGAUGAUUGAAGUCAUUUUGUUUGGAUACUUCCUGACAUGCGUUUGUGGUGACGGGGUUGCGGAUGUGGUACUUUCCUGCACCCUGGUGGAGGAGGGGGUCGGGAUGGGUGGGAUGGGAGGUGGUGCUCACUUCACACGGACUCCAGCCACUCUCAUCUUAAGAGACGUCCCGGUGGCUCCUGACGAAUCCCUGGAGACACUCACUCCGUUUGUCCCGCCUUCAAUCCCUGACCCAGAUGCCAUCCUGUUAGAAGCCAAAGUGUCAUCCCCUGAGAUCCCCGAUGCCCAAGUGUUGCUUCACGCCGACUGCAAUGAGCAGGAAGUGAUGUGUGAACUGAGCAGCUACUCCCCUCAUGGAACCCAGGAGAGAGAACAGACUUAUUUCCUGGUGUCUCUGAAUGUGGAGGGAGGCGAGUUCAGCACAACGUUAAUUCUGCAGACAUUGGUGGUGGAGAGGGACCAGUCGACCCUCAUUCAAAGUAAACUGGGUCUACCUCUGAGCCACUCGGGAACUCUUCCCACUGAGGUGAUAUUCCUGGUGUUUUCCCACAUAAAGUCUGUGAACGCCCCUCUGAGAGGUGAUGUUCUCCUCUACUGUGGCUUCAGGCAGCAGGAGACACCCUUAGCGCAGGAAGUAGGCGUCGAAUGGCGACUGCAGCACCGGGGGAAAGGCUGGAAAGUGUUUGUAAUGAAGACGAGGCUGGAUGGUGCAGAGGGGAGCACAGUGGUGCUUGCAGAAAGGAAGGGUUCGAGCGUGAACGCCUCUCUGGUUGUCGCAGAGGGAGACGCCUCGGUGACUCUGACCCGGCUGAAGGCGGUGGACGAGGGGACGUACAUCUGCACCGUCAGCGUCGGCCCCUUCAACGCCCAGCAGGUCAUCCAGCUCCAAAUCACUCAACCCCCUCAGGUUUCCCUCUCAGAGGAGAAUUUCGUUUUGAAGACAAACCCGCCCCAGACGCUGAGCUGCCACUGCACUAAAUAUUAUCCACUGGAUGCUCAGAUCGAGUGGUGGUCUUCUCCUGCGGACUCAGAGCCCACACUGCUCCUGGAUCAGGGCUCUCUGUCCAGCCACCGGCAGCACGGAGAUGGUUCGUACUCCCUGUCGUCUCACCUCACCGUGCCCUCCAGCGUCUCCCCUGGGACCAGGCUCACCUGCAGGGUGUCCCACCAAGCCCUCGACGCUCCACUGUCUCUCAGUGUUGUUGUAAAAAAUCCAGAGCCAGGCUCCUACUGGUGGGUUCUGGGUUUCCUGUUCGUCACCAUACUUUUCUUCUACCAGGUCAUGAAAUAAACAAGUAGGAUUUAUUCUAAUAGAUAAUCCUGACUUCAAACUGAGCCCAGAGAGAUGUCCUCUGUGUCAUUUGUGAGCCUGUAAAUGAUUGCAGAUUCUUUAAGAAGCUUUUUUAAAACUCUUCUGGGAUUCUAGUGAAAGGAAUCAUUUGGGGGAAAUGACUGUGUUUACUAUCUAGCUGUAGCUGUGUUAUUUAUUCUGCAUUAUACAUUUCUUUGGUUGGUUAUGCAAAAUGUGCAGCAUAUCUGCAACCUAGAACAUGUUAGAUUAUAAAUCCAACUAUACUUUCCAAUAAAAAACACAUGAAUUACCCAGAGAAGGUUUUCUUAUUUCUCAAACACUGCCUCGUUAAUCCCAAACUGUGGAUAACUCAAUCUUACACAGUAGUCAUUGUGUCCGGUUUCACUUAAUCAGAGGACAUGUUUUUUGUUCCUCUCUUUUCUAGUUGUUAGGUAGUCAAGACUAAGUGGAAGCAUGUGCAUGUGGAAGUAGGCCCUCUCAGCAUCUCCACAAAUAUCAAAGUGGCACUAUAAAAACGUGUAUGAGGCAGAGUUUAAGAAUGGUAUCUGCAGCCAGUCCGCAGUUCAUAAAAACGUGGCUAAUUCUUAGGUUUAUAUUAAGACUUAUACUUCAAAAUCUCCAAAUUAAACAUAACAUACUUAACGUAAAGCUUCUGAAAACAAAGUCAGACGUUGUUUUUCUGGAAAUGAUUUGCACUAUUUUCAUUUUGUACUUUUAUCUGUUUGUUGUCUUUUGUUUUAUGUCUUCUUUUUGGGUUUGAUUUUCCAUAUUGUUUCUCUUUUGGUUAUUUCACACUGAAGGAUUGUGUGAGUCGGCAAGAUUGAUUUAGGUUUUUAUUAUCAAUUUCUGUAAGCUUUGUUAGAAAACUGAAAUCCCUUGUUGUCUGGGAAAUGUGUUCCUCGACCCAUAACUUUGACCCAGUUUAUCAGUUCUGCCCUCGCUGAGCACAGGCCUGCCACCUUGGGGUGCUCUCUGUGUUUGGUCUCCUCACUCCUGCCUGUUGUUGUCAGCUGAUAGAGGUGUUAUAGUGCUGUGCCUGUUUUAUCUUGUUAUGCAGACUGUUUAAUCUUCUCUCAGAACCAGCUAAAUACUUGGGACCAGGUGAGAAAUCUUCAGAAUUGGUCAGGCAACCGCUGUGUCACCUCGUGGCUGCAGCACGUCAAGUCUCCGGCCGUAACUUCAUAAUAAAGGUUCAUUGUUUGCCAUCAA